AUGGAGACCAUGAAAUCCUUAGCUCGCUCAGACCUAGACCGGGAUAUGGAAAUUGAAUUACCCAGCACCACCAAGUAUGGAGACUCCAGCACCAGCCACGUGAUUGUGUCCAGCAGUUUGGGCAGAGAUCCCACUGGGCAGAAGUCAGCUGGUACUCCACCCCUGUCAACAAGUCAGCCCAUGAAAUGUAGUGCUAGCGUGAAGCUGGAAACAGGGAAGGAGAACGAGAAGGCAGCAGUCAGAGCAGACAAAGGAAGCCUGUGCGGGAAAUUUCUGCAGAUCACGUUGGGUCAGCCAGGGAAAUUGACGUUGACCAGAAGUUUAGCUCUACCUGGCAGCGACGUUGUUGGUUUUGGGAUUAACAGCUUAUUGGGCGGGUGGGGUGAAGGGGAGCACCGUCCCCAGCUGAAGUCUGUCUUUCCCUCUCUGUGCCCAGAGCACGUCUGCUCCAUCUUGGCCUCCCUCCUGAGGAACCUGCGGGGGCAGCAGCGGACGCGGCUGCUCAACAAAUUCACGGAGAACGACAGCGAGAAGGUGGACAGGCUGAUGGAGUUGUAUUUCAAGUACCUGGAUGCCUUGCAGGCAGCCGAUAAGAAGAUUGAAGGUGAAAAGCAUGACAUGGUGCGCCGCGGAGAGAUCAUCGACGACGACACGGAGGAGGAGUUCUACCUCCGCCGCCUGGACGCGGGUCUCUUUGUGCUGCAGCUCAUCUGCUACAUCAUGGCUGAGAUCUGCAACGCCAGCAUCCCUCAGAUACGUCAGAGAGUGCAUCAGAUUCUGAACAUGCGGGGCAGUUCCAUCAAGAUUGUCCGGCACAUCAUCAAAGAGUACGCGGAGAACAUUGGAGAUGGGAAGAACCCCGAGUUCCAGGAGAGCGAGCAGAAGCGGAUCGUGGAGCUCCUGGAGAAUUUCUGAGGAUCCUGUGUCUGGCAGCCUGCAUGACCUGCUGCAACCUGGGGUCAAAUAGAGGACUUUCUGGAGAAAGUGGCCCUUCUGAGGUUUUGGUUUUGGUUUUAAUUAUUAAAGAUAGUUUGGUUUGUUUU